AAGUUGUCAAUUGGCGAAGUUCGAAAUGUCGCUAUCCGGCUGUGAAUCCUCGCUAAGAGCGUAGUUCUAGCAAAUUUUAAUCUCCAUGAAACCCGGUCUAUUCGCGAAAUAACUGUUAUUAGAAUGGAUGCCGAGGCCCAAAAACCUUUUGCCUGCAAGGCCGAAGGCUGUGGGAUGAGUUUCACGAACGAAGAUCACCUGACAGUGCACGAGAAGAAGCAUGAUAUGAGCCUGAAUCUGGGAAUAACGAACAAGGGAACGGGCGCUUUCAUAGCGGACCAGACUCCGACACCGACCCGGCUAAUAAAAAACUGCGAAGAGGUUGGGCUGUUCGACGACCUGAAACAUGUGAAUCCGUUCGAUGAGACUUUCCGACGAGCCGUUGAGUCGAAAAAUGAUACGCCCGGGACUGAGAUAACCUCCGUUUCAGAGAGUUUGAAUCAUUCAGAAGAUUCGCUUCACACACCGCAAGUCUUCCCGCAAUUCGAGGCGCCUGAAACAGCGGCAGCUCCCCCAUUGUCGACACAAAGUAGCUACAGUGAAUUCAGAGUUGAGAAACAGCAGCUUAUCCUGCCUGACAAUAUCACUGGUAAGCAAAAGAAGGCUGCCAAGAAAUGUAAGCCAGUGAAGUCUGUAAACGCUGCCCCGAAGCAGACGAACAUCCUGCCCACGCCCAGCCUCCCCCUUAAGUCGGUUCUCGUUCCGGCAGCUAUCAACCUCGUCCCUGCAACGCAAAUAAUAGCAUUUAGUAUUCCUGCCACUGCAGUCAUGCAACGACCCGUGUUACUACCGAAACUGACCCCUGAACCUCUUGUGGCAUCUCAACAGCCGGAGAUGUCCGUGAAGGAUAAACUGAAAGCGCAUCUAAGCAGCCCUAAAAUCAUAACUAGCACAACUUCACCGCUUUCGUCUCCGAAAGAUGACGAACCCGCCAGAAAACGAAUAUCGACAGCCAAGUCUUGUAAGAAUUCGAAACGAGACUCGCGCGAGGUUCACGACGAUUGCAUGGAACGGAGACGAGCCGCUGCCCUCAGGUAUCGACGGAAAAUUAAAAAGGAACAAACCGAGCUGAAGCGGAGGAACAACGAACUUGUGGCGGAGAACAGUCAGUUGAAAGCGCUGGUGAAACAGCUCAAGGAGCUGCUCUGGGCGCAUCAGAAUUGCAGCGUAGCAAACAGCAGGAACCUGCAAAACAAUGCGGCCGCCUUCCAGGAGAUUGUCCAGCCCCUGAUUACGGCAAGCAAAGCCUCGCCUGCGCUGCAGAUCCCCAUCGCGACGCCUGUUAAGUUCAUUGUGCAAAAUGAUAGCGUCAACAACGACAUUGGCACAAUAAUCAAGAUCCCAGUGCCGAGCAUGGAGUAGGAACCUCUGUUGGUGGAAAGGUUUUAGUUGUGUCAAAGAAUGUGUACAUAUUUUUGAUUUAUAGAAUAUAUUUUAAAAGGAAAUCAAUGUG